AUGGGUGUUUUUAAUCUAUUUUCAAGAGGUGGGUUUGAUCCCAAAUUAUUUGAAACAGAAUUAAAUACUAUAACUAAUAAUAUAACUAAUUCAAAACAACAAAUUAUAAAAUUACAACUGAGAUAUAAAUUAUUAAAAAGAUCAUUGAUAAAAUAUUCAAUUAUAAUUUAUUUAUUUAUAUUUAUUUAUUGUUUUACUACAACUAAACAUGUAAUUGCAACUAAUCAAAUUCAAUAUUUUAUAAAAGGUCAAUCAAAAGAGAAAUUAAUUUUAUUAUUUACUUAUCCAUUCUUCAGCAUUUUAUUAAUUAAAUUUAUACAUUUACUUUAUGGAUUCUUUAUAAAUAAUAAACAAAAAUAUCUUAAAAAUCAACAAAAGAAACACAAGGAUAAAAUUGAAGAAUUGAAAAAAAUUACAAAUUUUAACACUACUAAUGAAUUAAUUAAUAAAUAUGGUGAAAAAGAGACACCUAAACCGCAACAAAAGGUUCCAUUAACUAAACAAGAUAAGUUGAAACAACAAGCUUUUAAAGAAUUGAAAAUUCCACCUACUGCUAAUAUACAAACACCAAUAAAUGAUGUUAAAAAUAUUUCAAAAUCUGCUAAACAGCCACCUAAUCCAACUGCUCAAUUACAAUUACAAAAUAAAUCCGAAAUUAAAAAGAAGAGAACUUUCCAAGAUAGAAUUUUAGAUAUUCUUAUUGGUUCGGAUAAUUCUGAAGCUAUUGAAAAUCGAUAUGCUUUAAUUUGUUAUAAUUGUUUUAAUCAUAAUGGUUUAGCUCCUCCACAUACGGAAGAUCCAUUAGAUGUAAAAUAUCAUUGUUGGAAAUGUGGUGCAUUAAAUGGGGGAGGAACAUUAUUUGAAAAAGAAUUAAAACAUGAAGAGUCACCAAAAGAAGAAUUUAAACCAAAAUUAAAGGAAGAAAAAGACGUAAAUCAAAAUACAAAUGAAUCACCUAAAGAAUCUAAACCAGAAUUGCAGGAAGAUAAAGUUAAACAAGAGAUUGAAAAACCAACAAUUGCCGAAAAAGAAAGUCAUAUUAUACCAGAACCUUGUACUUUAGAAGUCAAAGCUGAAGAAAUUAUAGAUUCCAAUCCAGAGCCAAUCGAAAACUUACUGUCUAAAAAGCAUACUCCGGAAAUGGAAAAAGUAGUAAAUGAAUAA